AUGCUCAUGAUGAUGGAAAGUGGAGCCAUGGGCGCACGCUCGGAAUUCGACUCUCCUCUUUCGCACUGGUCUCUGAUGGAUGACCCUAACCGCGCGCUGGGUCUCGCCUCGGUCAAACUAGAACCCGGCUUGGACUCGCACCCGCACCAGCACCACCACCAACACCGCUACGACGCAUGCAGGAAAGGAGGCGAGCCCGCAGACAUCAAGCCGCCCAUAGUGGCUUCUGCGCCCGCGGCCGUCUCCCCGGUGAUGGUGGACGCCGUGGGGCAGAUGCGCAAAGCCAAGUCGUCCCGUCGCAACGCGUGGGGGAACCUGUCGUACGCGGACCUCAUAACCAGAGCCAUAGAGAGCACGCCCGACAAGAGGCUGACGCUGUCCCAGAUCUAUGACUGGAUGGUGCGUUUUGUGCCGUAUUUCAAGGAUAAAGGGGACAGCAACAGUUCCGCUGGCUGGAAGGUGAGUGCGUGUGGAGAGAGCGUGAUCACUGCGCGUGCACGAGAGACGCACGCGGGGUGA